GUUCCUGAACGCGGUAAGGUUAAAGUUAGACACUACUUAAUGUAGAUUACUUAAGUGAUAUUUCUCAACUGUACACCAUCUCUCACCAGUGCAAUUUAUCAUUCAGGAAGUAUCAACAACACCAAACCAUCAAAGAGAAAAAACAUGUUGAAAAACUUAACAAAUUUGUUUAUACAAAAUUUAUUUAUUCAACCGAAAAUAACCAACUAUUAUUAUUAUCCUGCUGGACUGCAUACAACAGCAUUUAUCAUGGCAGAACCUUUAAAAAGAAAAAAACGUGUUGAUCCAGCUUUAGAACAAAUUCGUAUAGGUAGAAAAGUUAGAAAAAUUGAAAAAGAAAUCAAACGUUUUAGUCGUUUCGAUCGAAUAUUAAGACCAAUUGAAGAGAUUGAAGGUAAUCGUCAAUUGAAAAAAGAAUUAGA